GGGUUCACGAAAUACACACACUCACUCACUCACUCACACACACACAUACACACAUACACGCGCGCCGAUACGGUCAGUUUCACUUCACACACACCCUGAAUGGACACAUUCACCACUCAUGCGGACUAUAAAAGCUACAAGAUGAACACACCACUUCCCUUCCUAAUAAACAUUUCCAGUCCUUUCUCGGUAUCACCGGAUAAUGAGGAUGCCAAUAAAAGCUGCCGCUUCGACGAAGAGUUCAAAUACAUCCUGCUGCCUUUAUCAUACACAAUAGUGUGUGUGCUGGGCUUGGUGCUCAACUCCGUGGCCCUGUGGAUGUUCCUGACUAAGAUGCGUCCCUGGAACGCUAGCACAGUGUACAUGUUCCAUUUGGCACUGUCAGACAUGCUGUAUGUUCUGUCGCUUCCCACACUUAUCUACUACUACGCCAAUCGCAACCACUGGCCCUUUGGUGUAGUCCUGUGCAAAGCAGUGCGCUUCCUGUUCUACGCCAACCUAUACUGCAGCAUUCUUUUCCUCACAUGUAUCAGUGUGCACCGCUACAUGGGCAUCUGCCACCCAAUCCGCUCGCUCACACUGGCCAAGCCGCGCUAUGCGCAGCUGGUAUGUGGUCUGGUGUGGGCAGCCGUGACAACGUGCUUGAUUCCCAACCUAAUCUUUGUCACCACAACACAGCGGGAUAAUGACACAUUGUGUCACGACACAAGCAGUCCUUCUGAUUUUGAAAAUUAUGUCACCUACAGCUCGGUCGUCAUGACACUGCUCUUCGGCGUGCCCUUUAUUAUCAUCAUGGUAUGUUAUUGCCUAAUGGCACGGGCUCUCUGUCGCCCCAGACAGAUUUCUUCCAGUCAGAGGAGCAAGUCGAGGAUGAAGUCUAUUAAACUCAUCACCAUAGUGCUGGUUGUGUUUGCUGUUAGCUUUGUCCCUUUCCACAUCACACGCACCAUCUACUAUACUUACCGUGUCCUGGAGGCAGACUGCUGGAUCCUCAACCUUGUCAACAUCACAUACAAAGUCACACGGCCACUGGCCAGCUCCAACAGCUGCCUGGACCCGAUCCUCUACUUCCUGGCAGGGGAUCACUACCGUUCGAAACUUAUACGAGCAUUCGCUAAGAAGCGAGCGACUGACAAUUUGCAGUCCCCACCAGUCAAAAAUAAUGAACUUGCUUUAGUUUACAAAAGCCCUGCUGUGCAAGCAAGUAGUGAUUGUCCAAAGUAGAGCUGUGUGUGUGUAUGUGUGCGUGCGCGUGUGUGUCAUCUCAAAUCAAUGUAAUUUCAUCUCAAAGCAAUGUAAUUCCUCAGAGUUACUUUCUGGAUUACAGCUAGUGUGAAGGAUGGUUGUGUUUCUGUCUGCAUUAUGUCACUGGUAUAGCACAGCCUAUAUGUAGGCAGAGGAGCAGUUCUUACUGGCCGUUGCUGUGAAACUCCACAUGUUCACCCUCUUCUGAAUACAAACACAUCAGUGCAGCACGCAGGAUGUAAGCGUUAACAUAAUGUUGCCGUUUAAAGUAUACAGUUUUGGAAUACACUCCAAAUCGAAUGACCUUCCAGGCUCAUAAAGGUUGUUUUUCAAGUGCAGCUUUAGUCUUUCAGGUUCUCGGUCAUCAUACUAGUUUUCUGUUCUGCUUAAUUUGCUGCCUGGUUGUCAUUGUUCUUAAAGCUAUAGUUAGAAAGUAAUACAGCACUGAAAUAUAAUACCAGAUUUAAGUGUACAAGGUGAACUGUAGUCUCCUGGUAUCACCUCAGAGGACUGCAGACACAUACAAUGCUCCAGAGUAGACUAUUGCUUUUUAAUGGACAUAAAGGGUUUGAGCUCUGGCAACUCUGUCACGCAGCUGUUUUUGUCCUUCAGUGAGCAGUUUGUGUGUGUGUGUGUGUGUGUGUGAGAGAGAGAGAGAGAGAGAGAGAGAGACCAAAUGUCCUUGUAAUUAUUGUGAUAUGUGAAAUUUAAAGACUGUGAGAACACUUGCUUUGUCCUCACACUUUUUUUUAAAAUGAGGUCAAGGGUAAGACUAGGUGUAGACAGGGGCUUUUCCUAACCUUUGGGGCUCUAAGCGACAUCCAACUUGGGCCACCUGGUGGCUCAGAGGAAAUAAGUGACUGCUUAUACCACGUAUACAGCUAGAAAUGAUCCAGGAUAUAGGCAGUGAAUGUCCACUGCAGUACCUCACAGAGACAAAAACGUGUACAGUGUGUGUGUGUGUGUGUGUGUGUGUGUGUGUGUGCAUACUCAGUAAUAAUGGUGCCAAAAUGUAUUGUCAUAUUUUAAUACAGACACACACACACACACACACGCACGCAAUUAUAACUUUCCUUGUCAUUGCUGUGGUAGAAUCAAAGUGGUAGAAUCAAAUCUUCUGUAUCUUUAGUUUAUAUUUUUCUGGAAAUGUGAAUAUAGUAUAUCUUUGGUUAAAAAUCAUUUAUAGUGCAUAACUGGACUUUACAAACCACUGAUGUAACUUUAAAGCUUUAUUCUAAAAGCGAAUGAAAGUUACACCACAUGCACCUUCCCAUGGGUAAAGUAUAAAAGGUAUAAAAAUGUGUUUCCUUGAUGGUGUGUAUAUGUGUGUUUAUUAAAAAAUACUGUUAAAAUAUACUGUGUAUUAAAAUAUACUGUUAUGUAUACUGUCAUGAUUAUGCACCGUAUAUAAUGUGGCCAGUCUUUUAUUUUAUAACUGUCAUGGAAAGCACCUUAAAUAAUGUGAAGUCUGGUUCCAGUAGAUGUCAUUUAUUGUGUGAUUCCCAUUUGAUAUUAAAGAUUGAAAUAAAGCCUCUUAUUACCUCAAGA